AUGGGCAAGAAUGGCUCGGGGAAGAGCACGCUGACGAAAGUGCUGGUCGGACACCCGGCGUAUGAAGUCACGAGUGGUAGCGCGACGUUCAAGGGCGAAGCGCUGUUCGAGAUGGAACCCGAGGAACGCGCGCGAAGCGGGUUGUUUUUGUCGUUUCAGUCGCCCAUCGAAGUCCCGGGGGUGUCGAACACCGAUUUCCUGAGAAUGAUGUGCAACGAACGAAGAAAGGCGCGCGGGGAGGAGGAAUUGGAUCCUUUGGAGUUUUAUGGAUAUCUCACGCCCAAGUUGGAGGCGUUGAACAUGGAUCCGAGCUUCUUGACGCGCAACGUCAACGAAGGGUUCUCCGGUGGCGAAAAGAAGCGAAACGAAAUUUUGCAGUUGGCCGUGAUGGAGAGCGAGAUGAGCAUUUUGGAUGAGAUUGAUUCCGGUUUGGACGUCGAUGCGUUGAGAGACGUGGCCAAGGCGGUGAACUUGUUGAGACAAGGCGACAAGGGCUUGCUCCUCAUCACGCACUACCAGCGUCUUUUGGACGCCAUUCACCCCAAUUUCGUGCACAUCAUGCAAAAGGGGCAAAUCGUGCAAACCGGGGGAGUCGAGAUCGCGACGCAGCUCGAGGAGGGUGGUUUCGCGUCGCUCGCGCAGUAG